AGAUAAAUAAAAGGGCACGAACCACCCUACUUGCAUCGCCGAAACCACUGAAUCCUCAAAAAUAAAAUACGCGAACCAUAGAACGACGUUGAAAAUCAAUAAGAAGGGGAAAAUAAGGAGUGCGAAUCAAUUUCAGGAAAAAAAGGUCGAAUUUGUCCCCCCCAUCCCCGUCCAUCUAUCUCCAUUGUCGGCUUUCUGCCUGAUAACCCAGACCUCAGAUUCAAAAAAAGAUUGGAAAUCGUUUGCUCAUAUUGCAUUAACUGGCUGCUGCUGCUGCUGCUACUCAAUCUACUUGUCCCGGGUCAUUCGUGUGUUCAACCUGACCUCAACCUCACCUCACCUCACCUCACCUCACUUCACCUCACUUCACCUCACUUCACCUCACCCCUUCUUUCAAUUAAUCAUUCAAUUCAAUUCAAUCAUUCAAAUCAUCCACUUCGCACAUAUCCACUUGGCACGCAUACACAUACACACAACCUCUUUUUCAAUCCGACAACCCAUUUCUACCCAAACGUCAUUUUGCAUACGAUUCCUAAUCUUACAAUCUUUCAACCCUUCGGCCCUUCAAGACUUCACAGAUAAUCAAUCAAUCCUUCAAAACCGAGCGCAAGUCGACACAAACCACCGAUAGUACCAUAUUUGUUAAGUGGUAGAAGUGCUUUGAAAGUACGAAGGAGAUAAAGACAAUCGGAACAAUGGUUGUCGCAACGAUAAAGUUAGUACCUCCUUCAGAAACCUGCUGCUGUGGCAUGGAUUGGAUAAUGAUUUCGGAGAAUUAUUUGCUUCAGUCAUUUCAUAGCUAACCUAUAAUAUCAAUUUACAGAUGUGUCGUCGUCGGUGAUGGUGCCGUGGGAAAGACUUGUUUACUCAUAUCCUAUACUACCAAUAAAUUCCCUUCCGAAUAUGUCCCUACAGUUUUCGAUAACUAUGCCGUUACAGUUAUGUGAGUUUGAAUUUACACCGACAUUUACCUGCUCGCAUCUUCCAUCUCCGCAAUGUAAAAUACAAUUUGGGAACAGUGUUCUGAUGAUCAUUUAUUAGGAUCGGCGAUGAACCAUAUACCCUCGGUCUAUUCGAUACUGCCGGGCAAGAGGAUUAUGACAGGCUUCGACCCCUCUCAUAUCCACAAACCGAUGUCUUCCUCGUUUGCUUCUCAGUUACUUCCCCCGCAUCAUUCGAGAACGUACGCGAGAAAUGGUUCCCAGAAGUUCAUCAUCACUGCCCUGGUGUACCUUGUUUAAUCGUGGGCACACAAACCGAUUUAAGAGAUGAUGUUAGUGUUAAGGAAAAGCUUACCAAACAAAAGAUGAAGCCGGUCGAGAAGAGUGAUGGUGAGAGAAUGGCUAAGGAUUUGGGGGCUGUCAAAUAUGUUGAGUGCAGUGCUCUGACUCAAUAUAAGUUAAAAGAUGUUUUCGAUGAGGUAUGAAUUCUUCAUUUAAGGAUGCACCGCAGUUUCUGCCAAGACACGAUACAUCCAUGAGAGGAUGGGAAAUGCUAAUUAUGCGCAGGCCAUUGUUGCGGCAUUAGAACCUCCUGCGCCAAAGAAGAAACAACAUCGAUGCUUAAUUCUUUAAUUUAAUUGUUCUAAUAAUACCCAACAAUUAACUUUCUGCCUUUCGCACCGUUCUUCAACCACCAUCACUACUUUCUCGCCUCUCGUUGUCCAUAUCGUGUUCGACAAUCAUAUGAAUCCGGAGAAUCCUAGGGUUGAUAUACCGUUGAGCGAGUUGGUCCGAAAGCUACGUUACAUAUUGACACAUCACCGAAACUACGCGGAUAAUCAUCAUUUUUCUGUACCCAGUUUCGGCAGGGCGGGGGUUGAUCCGUCAUUUCACACACGCUGGGAAGUUGUUUGGAGGGGGCAGCAAAUAUACUCAAUAGAUGACGAGGUGCUUCUACAUUAAGGGAAAGCGCAUUUGGUGAACAAAGUCCGGAGUAUGAAAUCUCUCAAUCAAUUUUCUGGAGUAGGACUUUGAGGUUUGUGGGAAUGGGUAGGUAGAGAAAUGGCAUGCCACGCGAUGGCUUCUUUUUUUCUAUUUACAGUCCUCUUUGUUACUUUGAUCCCGAGAAUCGAUUCCCAGCAACCCUACUUUGAUUACCUCCUUUUUUCCAUAUUGCGGGUUAAGAUGUUUUUUAGGUAAAUCGUGGGGCCAGGAAUGCAAUAUACAGAUUUUUUUUUGGUCUUUUGACGAAUACUAUGGUGAAGUAGAUGUCUAAGUGGUGAGCUUGAAAGCAUGAUCUGGCUCGUGAUCAUUAUCGCCUGAGCUUUCAGAGAACACGGCGGCGGAGCGUUGGUGGCGUCGCGCGCCAAGAAGGGGUAGAUGUAUGUUUCUCGAGUUUGAUAUCGAUAUGCAAGAGAAAGACAUGGCGUUAAUAACGAAUGAUGGCACUAUCCCUUUCUGCACGAGCUGGCGACUUCCCUUAACCUUUUUGA